GUAAACAAGCAGGCGGCGGGAAGUGGGAAAGGAAGGGAGAGAUGAUGGACAAGUUUCUGCCACGUUGCCACUAAUAAAACCAGACAAUAAACAACAAACUGCCGAUUCCUCUCCCCUGCUGCACUAUAUCUGUUCGUCGUUGCAAUCCGCAGCCCAGACGACUUGCCAUUUGCGUCUUCUUUCUCCAGCCAUUGACGAGGCUUCCAACCCAGCAGGUACCCGCAUUUCCUGCGUAUUCUGUAUUCUUCCAUCACUGCUAAUUCUGCUGCCGUGUUUGUUAUUGAUCCUUGGUGUUAAAUUUUUUUCUUUCUUGGGGGUUUUGAUGGAGUAGUCAACAACAACAGUAUGGCGCAGGAUGAAACAGGCUGUGACAAGAAGAUGGGAUCCUCCGGCGACCGUGUUUCUGAUACCAUCAUUCCCCACCUUCUUAAUCUGUAUGCAUCGCGUGCCACUGCUGCGGACUUCGAAAUCUAUGCCGCAAAUGCUUCCUUUGAAGAUCCCCUCAUGUCUGCUCAAGGGGUGAAGCAGAUCAAAUCAGCAUUCUACUCUCUUCCUAAGGUGUUCAAAGAGUCUGAGAUCGUGGAAUACAGUGUGCACGAGAAUCAGUUGGCACCUGGAAACCGAGAGAUAUUGAUUGACAACAAACAACGUUAUACACUCCUGGGGAAAAGUAUAGAGAUGACCUCGCUUAUCAGGCUCCACGUCGAGAAUGGCAAAAUCGUUCGACACGAGGACUGGUGGGACAAGAAGCCGAUUGAGAGCAGAGAAACAGCCAAGUUACGGGUGGUUGGACGGCUCAAGGAAAUUGUUCGAAGAGGUUCCAUGCUUGUUACUCAUGCCGCAAUGGGCUUCGGGAAGGAUCCAUCAACACAUUCCCAAGGCCCAAACCCUAGCCAGACCACCAAAUAGAAGCUAGAGUACCGGGCUUGGGCCCGUUCUUUGGGCAAAUGAGCAUAUAUAUGUGUAAUGUGUGUGUUCUCUAAUUUGUGGGUUAGAAAUAAAUAUUUUGUUAUUUUGGUAUGAAAUAUGAAUUAAGAUGAUUGUUAUGUGUGAGAAGUGCUUAUAUUUUCUUUUCUUCCCCUUAUCACAGGCUUUUUUAACAUUAAACUUCAAACAGUUGUUUAUCUAAAUCAGUUGUGUGGUAACCAAAUUGGAGUAUCUAUAAAUAUCAUCAAUUCAUCAAACUUGGUCAACAUUAUGGUGAAUAACGAGACAAGCCAUCAUGGCAAUUCGAUAAUUUUUGUGUUAAACGUAUAAAUAAUAUAUUUUUAUUUAUUAAAUGUUUUGUAUUAUAUUAGGAUAUUUUGAUAUAUUUAGUAACUAUACGUGUUUUAGUUGGAUUAGGAGAAAUGUUAGUUAUUGUCUAAUUUUUAGUUAAAAUUUUUGUAAGGAAAGAAAAAAGAAUUCCAAGAUGAUAAGAAGGAGAGAGUCUAAAGCCCACUGUGAGACAAUGAUUAAUAAUAUGAGAAGAUUGGAACUCAAUUAUAUUUUUUGCUUCAUUUUAUCUGUAUUAAAGAUUUCGUCUUUUAUCACAAGCAAACUUAUGGCACUAUGCUGACUGCUCCCAUGUUAGUGCAUGUCACGACACUUUAGGAAAUGUAACUUCCAUGUCAUUUCACACCAUAUUAACCGAAUAUUUAUAUAAAAAAAAUUAAUUCCAUAAUACUUGUGUGUUCGAGCAAGUGAGAUAUUGUUCUAUUUUGUCCCUAAUUUUUAAGAUUUUCUUCCAAAUAUGAGCUUCUUAUAGAGAGUUCUCCGAAAGAGUGAUCCUUAACAUGGUAACAAUGCUAAGAUUUUUGUAGUUUUGAGAAAAAAUUUAUUUCACUGGGACAAGAAGACAAUUGAGAACAGAGAAACGACAAAGUUAGGGGGUGGUUGGGAGGCUCAAGAAGAUUGUUUGAAUGAUUGCUAGGCUUUGGGAAGGACCUAUCAACCCGAUCCCAAGGCCCAAACCCUAGCCAGGCCAUUAAAUAGAAAUCGGAGUAUUAGACUUGGGCUCGCUCUUUGUGAUCUAAAAUUUGUUAUUGAGAAAGAAAUAUUCGUAGGUCGGCAAUCGUAUCUGGUUUUUGGGGAAAGAGAUCCAGUUGGACGGCAUGAAGUUUAUAGCUGUCGGUAAAAUAUCGAUGACUGUCCUUGGAGGCGCGAGCAAGGAAAAAAUGAUUGUUUGUUGGAUAUCCUGACCUUCGGUAGUUGGGGAAAGGGCAAGAUACUUGCAUCGUGUGGCACUGUUUCAUCCUUCGCGAAGAUGGAGGUGAUGAUCAUACCGGCCCCUGCGCUUAAGAGGAGCAAUUUGAAAGAAGAGAUAAAGGAAUUAAGGGGGUUUAGGGUUGUCGAGACGACCUAUUGAUUUGACAAUAUGGAGAAUGAUGGUUUCAAUAUCAAUUUAUCAUCAUAUCUGUUGUUUGUUCGUUCGUUGGUUGAUUUGUUGAGCAACUAACACUCUUUGUAUCCGUAACAGCAGUUGUACUGAUGAAAAUGGACGAAAUGUGGUUGGGGUUCCUUGUUCCAGUAAUUGUGAAUUCGUAUUAGCAAUAAAAUAAAAUGUAAAGUUUGUUUCGUCCAUUGCAAUAUAGUUUUUAUGAUGUUUGUGUUGGAGAAGAAAUACUUGCUGCACAAGGGCGAGGCUGUCAGCUGAGCAUGAACCCGGGUCGAUCAGUGAAGGGAAGCUUUUAAAUAAGCAGUUAGUUGUUAGUUGCUGUUGUGCCGUAUUGGUAAAGUUUCAGUGUGGUACCUUAGAUUAGUUCUGUGUUAGUCAAAGUACUUGAGCAGAGUUAGGCUAGUUAGUUGCUGCAGAGACGUGCUGCAGAGUUGUUAGCUGAAAUAUAGGAAUAGGACAAUU